CAACGCUUUUGUCCGUUUCGUCAUUGCUAAACACUGUUGGUUUCUGAAAGGUCUUCAUAUUCUGAAAUUAUGGAAUUAAUCCAAGGAGGAGCUAUAGUUAUGUCUCUUGUAUUAUUUACAUCAAUUCAAGCCAAAGGCGUCGAAUUCCAGUCUCUUUAUCGCCGGAUUCCGGAGACCUACCUGAAAGCAAUCCCACAAAAAGUUGUUGAAAACGCCACCGUUGAGAUCUGCGCAUCAAGCUGUGUGAUGGAGAUAGAAUUUGAAUGUAAAUCAUUUGACAUUGACAACUUGAACAGGGAGUGUCACCUCCAUAAUCACACUCAUAGGGAACCAUUGGUGGGACUUCAGCACGCCAAGGGAUUCGACCAUUACAGAACUGCUUACGAACGGCUUUUCAACAGAAUCCCCAAUCAUGUGAUCACCUUACGUCACAACAGAAAUAUACGUGGCUUGACUGUUGAAGAAUGCGCGCGCAGGUGUAUAUUAGAGAUGUCAUUUAAAUGUCUGGGCUUUGACUACGAAAGGAAAAGAAGGAACUGUUGGCUCACAGAGAAAGGUGCUCAUGAUGUUGGUGGUCUAGUACGGCGGAGUAAUACAGACUAUUACGAAAGAAAGUCCCAUGGCGCUCUUGGAAAAUUCAUAAAUUACGGUUUUGGAUCCUUGCAGACAUUAGAAGGUGUUCAAACGCACGGAAAGAUUGUUCUUGGUGUCAACCUUGACGCAUGCGCACAGCUAUGUCUAGCAGAAACGUCCUUUGAUUGCGCAAGUUUUGACUACGUAUUUGAAGAGCAGUCAUGUCAGCUGAGUCAGUACAUCGCAGCAAAUGUACAUGGGAUAAGAACAGAAUAUGAAUCAAGAUAUCAGGUCAUGCAUUAUGAGCUGUUAGGAGAAUAUUUAGAGUAUUUUUAUCCUACGCCGUACGCUUCCAUACUGGGUAACAACGAUCGCACAAUCUGGAGGGUGACCCCUGAAACAUGCGCUCGCAAAUGUUUAGAGGAGAGGGAAUUUAUCUGCAGAUCGUUCGAUUAUCAGAUCCAGAAAGGCACCUGUCUAUUAAGUCACGUGACAGGAAGCGAUGCAGGUGGCCUAUAUACACCAGAAGAAGUUAAUGUUCAUCAUUUUGAAAUGAAACCAUCUUUAGACUGUGGUGGUAUUUUGGAAGAAGAACGUGGUAGUUUUGCGUCACCGAAUUGGCCUCGACAUUAUCUGCACAAUGUAAACUGUACAUGGUUUAUUGUAGUUCCAGAAUUCAAGAUAAUUCGCUUUGAAAUAUACCACUUAGAUCUCGGAUGGCAGACGGACGUGCCCUGCAGCAAGGACAACGAUGUAUUGUCAAUAUCUGAAGUUAACAGAGAAGACAAGUCGUCAAAGACAUGCCUUCAAAAUUACCAAACACAGUUAUCUACCACUAACAAUAAAGCCAAUGUGUCAUUUACAACGAAUGCAGAAAAUGAUGCUCAAGGAUUCAGAAUCUUCUACUUUGCAGAUUGGCCGUGCAAAACGACACUGACGAAGGAUAAUGGAGAAUUCGCAUCUCCAAGAUGGCCAAAUUCAUAUCCUUCAUUAGCUUCGUGUCACUGGCAUAUCGAGGGUCCUAUACAUUCAAAUAUUUUUCUUAGAUUUAGUUCCAUUGAGCUUGAGGAUCAUACUGGCUCCAGCUGUUGGACUGCUUAUGACAAAAUUGACAUUUACGACAGUAAUACGACAUCGAAUCAUGUAAAAACGCUUUGUGGCAAUAAAAGACCGACGUCCUUCACUUCAAAAGGAAAUUCGUUGUAUGUUGUAUUUUCCUCAGAUAGUCGUGUACAAGCAAAAGGAUUUCAUGCUUCGUAUACAUUUAUUUUUCCAACCACUACAACAACAUCAACAACAAGCACAACCACUACAACAACCACAAGUGAAAUACUGAAAACAACAUCGCAUACAAUGAAAGACAACUUUACUGUAAGUAAUAUAUCAACAGAUGCCCCACUAACAUCUGAACUAGACAGUAAUCUGUCCUUAUCAGUACAACUUGCAAUGAGAGCACAUGAAAAUGAUGAAAACGAUGAUAUAGAAUUAACAGCAGUAUUUAUUGAACCUGUGUUAGAAGAUGGGGAAAGCGAGGAGAUGAACAAAACCUCUCAUAACCAUGGAAAAACAAGUGACGAUAUUGGAAGGGGAAAUAAACCAGAUAUCAAAUAUGAUGUGAUGCACACGGACAAAGAUUUCAAUGCCAUCAUUUUAGGAGUGUUUGCAGCAUUUGUGUCAUUACUUUUGGUGUUCAGCAUUGUUUUUAUGCUUGUAUGCCGAUAUUACAGGCGCCGCCUACCAAAACUCAGACAAGGAACUAACAUUCAUUCUCCCGAGGAAAACUUAUCAUUGUGUCAAAAUAAUGGACAGAGUCAUGGGCAAGAGGAAUUCAAAGACGAAGACGACGUGGAUGAUGCAGCAAGACUACCGUUGCCAUGCGAUCACGAACCAAUACCAGACGUUGAAUUCCACAACCCUCUCUACACGGAUCAUAGCAGAUCAGACGUUACAAGUGAAUCACGUGUUGAUUUUACACAAUCGAAUCAUGACUUAACAGAAGACGGUGUUACAGAAGAAACUUUAAAUGAUGCGUCGCCAGUAAGUAUUUGCUCGGAAAACGAACGUGAACAUGAAACAAGAACAGAUUUUAUUCCUAGUAAUAGUCAAGAUGUUGUGUCUUCAGAGUUGGCCUCGUCACCGGAUGGGACACUACAAAACACUGUGUAUAUUGAUUGUUUAACAACCCUCUGAUUACUAUACUAACUAUCUUACGAAGUUGUAACUAAUUACAUUUACUUUGUAAGCCAAGAGAAGUAGUACCAUCAUAUUGAAAAACAACUGCAGAAUGUCCGAGAGGUGUAACUGAAUGUCAAUGGCGUUAAGUACAAAACAUCGAAAAAUUAUAAAAUAUUACUUCGUGAUGUAGUUACAGAACUCCUGAUUUACAUAGUAAAACGGGAAAAAAUCCUGACGAUUCGUGUAUUUGUUGUAAUUAUUUUAUGAACAGUUUUACCGGAUGUAGGCUGAUUAAAAUAUAUUUAAGAAGGAAACAUAUACAAAAAUGUAAAAUUAACAAGCUUUCGUAAUUUUAUUUGCCUUUUAUAUGUUGAUUUUACUAACACAGUACGAUCUCAUUAAAUUUACUAGACUUGUAUCGCGUUGUGCCGCUUUUGUGCAGGAUUUCAGAGCUUAGGGUUGGAAAUUUUUUAGUGGAAGUGAAACAGGAGACAAAUCUGUUUGAGGGAAUGCAAUAUUUGUAAAACUGUGUGAACGAAACUUAGACAAGAGAAUCCGUGUUGUAACUUAACAAGUCUAUUGCAAUUAUAUUGUUUUGUGAAUAUAUUUAAUAUUCAUGACAGUAUAUGCUGGAAUUGUACAUACAGUCAGAAACAUACACCGGAAUUUCAAAAACGUCGAAUUAUCCAAUCCUAUAUUCUUAUUCAUUUCAAGACCUGGCCCUGUACUCAAAAAUACACAAACAUUUUAGGACCUAUACAUUGGUCGAUUUUGUAUUUAUUGACUUCUCAGAAAAGAUAUUAAUAAAUCCGACAAACACUUUUCAUUUAGUUAUGGCUUGAAAACGCCGCUAUUUUGCUAUUGCAAUGAUUUCCUUUCCUAAUAAUAUGGUUUACUUGUUUAUGUUUUUGUGUAUUUUUUUAUUUUAACCCUUACCCUGCUAAAUUUAUAAAAUGGACUGGUCCAUCAUUCAAUUUGGGCAGGACAACUUAUUAUUUGAAGGGGUGUUCUCUGAAAAUUUAUCGACUGAAUAGCGAACAGUGCAGACCAUGAUCAGCCUGCACGGAUGUGCAGGCUUAUCUUUGUCUGUACUGGGCGCAAAGGCAAAACCACUUGCCGCCAGCAGGCUAAAUGUUAAGAAAUGUGUUAUUGCUGUAAAAUGAGUAAGACUAUGCGAUGGUAUAAUUCGAUUGAAAUGUCAUUACCAACGUUUUAAGCUAAAAGUAUUUUUUUCAAUUUCAAAACUGUGCAAGAUUAUGGCAGGAAAUCAAGUGUUGUGUUAAAUGACGUGUUAACUUUAUAACGCGGUAAUAGAGUCAGUAUCUCUUUUGCACUGAGGCUUAAUUUAAUUGAUUCAAGAGAUAUCAGCAGUAUUAUAGAGUACCUUGGUAUUGUGUAUGAUUUGAUGCAACGAGUAAAAUUGCAUAUCAAGCAUCAUGAAAAUUGAAUAAAGUUUACAUUCCUAAAUA